AUGUCUCUUCCUCCAGCAUCUGUAUCAGCUUGUUGCUUGUUAGACACUUACAUAUACAGCACCGAUACGUAUCGGCCGUAUCGGCCGUAUCGGUCCAAAUAUCGGUUACGGACCGAUACGUAUCGGGAACCGGCCGAUACGCCUGUGAAUUUCAAUCUCACCGAUAUAUCGGCUAAUAUCCGUAUCGGAAGCCGAAAAUUCCGGCUAUACUUAGUAAUGAAGAUUUACUGCAUAUUUUUCAUGGCUGGACUUAUGAUAAUAAUUUUCGUACUUGCAGGUUAUAUCAUGGAUGGCGCUAGUAUUGAUCCGGGGCCUACUGACGGCUCCUUACUUGUGCUACAGAAACAGCAGUGUUCUCGUGCUGUAUGGGAAGGCUAUGGGGAUUCUAAAGUUGAAAAUGCCUCGUUGAUAUGUCGUCGCAAUGAUAACAAUUUACGACAAUUGGGGCGGCCUUCACCCCGCAUUGUUGAGUUAAUAUACCAAGCUGGUUUUGGUGGAAUUUUGGAGAUGCCGUUUAUAACUUUGGACCGUGCUUUCAUCACCGCACUCAUUGAGCGUUGGCGGCCAGAGACUCACACAUUCCAUUUGCGUUCAGGCGAGUCCACUGUAACCCUACAGGAUGUGGAAAUAAUUACCGGUCUCGCAGUUAAUUGUAGACCGGUUACUGGGGACUCAAGAUUUGACAAAGAUAAGAAAAAAGAAUUAUGCGAACGUCUACUAGGGUUGGAUCCACCGGGAGAAGUUAUGAGUGGGUUUAAGGUUAGUUUGAAAUGGUUGCGUGAUAACUUUAACGGAAAGGUUGAGGAGGGAGAUGACGAAGUCACGGUAUUGAGGAAAGCUUGGGGUUACAUUCUACAACUUAUAGGUGGCAUAGUUUUGCCGGACCAAUCUAGUUCCCAUGUCCACCUAUACUUCUUGUCUUUGCUUGACGACCUUCAACUUGCUGGUACUUACAGUUGGGGGAGCGCUUGCCUAGCCACCCUUUACCAUUACCUAGACUUUAGCUCUACUGUUGGAUCGAAAGACUUGGGGGGGAUGUUCGUACUCUUGCAAGUUUGGGGUUGGGAGCGCUUUCCUUUCCUUGCCCCCGCACGUAAUGGGAAGCGGGUCAUUCGUCGUGAUUCUCCUCUUAGUGGACGGUGGGACGAUGAAUUUCACUCGCCGAAUUUGCCGACCCAUGUUGUUGGACAUUACCGGUUCUCUUUAGACGUGCAGAGACCGGACGAGGUGGUGUGGCAGCCGUACACUGAGGACUUGAUCCAAUCUUUGCCAAGAUUUUGUAGUGCUGAAAGAGGUGUUUGGAUGGCAAGUGUCCCACUCAUCCAGUUCUCUCAUGUUGAGCAGCACCAGCCAGAGCGAGUGUUGCGUCAGUUUGGAGGGAGACAAGCCACGCCCCCCCCCCCCCCCCCCCCCCCUCUUCUAAGUCUCUAG